CACUCCCGUUCCGGCCCCAAAGCUGCCCCGAGUCAACUAUUGUUCUGCUCCGCGGGGAGAGGCCUGUGCGGGCCGCAGUCGCGGGACCAGUGACAGUUCGGGAGUCAGAGCGGACCCAGAAAGCGUUGGCCGCGGACAUGACACCUGAGGACCAGGAAGAGACCCAGCCCCUUUUGCGGCCGCCCGACAGCGCUCCCCGCGGCCGUCGCGUCUUCCUCGCAGCCUUCGCCGCUGCCCUGGGCCCGCUCAGCUUUGGCUUCGCGCUCGGCUACAGCUCCCCGGCCAUCCCGAGCCUGCGGCGCGCCGCUUCCCCGGCCCCGCGCCUCGACAACAACGCCGCCUCCUGGUUCGGGGCCAUCGUGACCCUGGGCGCUGCGGCGGGGGGCGUAUUGGGCGGCUGGCUGGUGGACCGCGCCGGGCGCAAGCUGAGCCUCCUGCUCUGCACCGUGCCCUUCGUGACCGGCUUUGCCGUCAUCACCGCGGCCCAGGAGGUGUGGAUGCUGUUCGGGGGCCGCCUCCUCACCGGCCUCGCCUGCGGCAUUGCCUCACUAGUGGCCCCGGUCUAUAUCUCUGAAAUUGCCUACCCCGAAGUGCGGGGCCUGCUGGGCUCCUGUGUGCAGCUGAUGGUGGUCACAGGCAUCCUCCUAGCCUACCUGGCAGGCUGGGUCCUGGAGUGGCGCUGGCUGGCUGUGCUGGGAUGUGCGCCCCCCACCUUCAUGCUGCUGCUUAUGUGCUAUAUGCCCGAGACCCCACGCUUCUUGCUGACUCAGCACAAGCGCCAGGAAGCCAUGGCCGCCGCGCAGUUCCUGUGGGGCUCCGAGCAGGGCUGGGGAGAGCCCCCUGUUGGGGCUGAGCACCAGGGCUUCCACCUGGCCCAGCUGAGGCAUGCUGGCAUCUAUAAGCCCUUCGUCAUCGGCAUUUCACUAAUGGCCUUCCAGCAGCUGUCGGGGAUCAACGCUGUCAUGUUCUAUGCAGAGACCAUCUUUGAGGAGGCCAAGUUCAAGGACAGCAGCCUGGCCUCGGUCAUCGUGGGCACGAUCCAGGUGCUGUUCACAGCUCUGGCGGCCCUCAUCAUGGACAGAGCUGGGCGGAGGCUGCUCCUGGCCUUCUCAGGUGUGGUCAUGGUUUUCAGCACCAGUGCCUUCGGCGCCUACUUCAGGCUGACCCAGGGUGGCCCCAGCAACUCCUCGCAUGUGGACCUCUUGGCACCCAUCUCCAUGGAGCCCACCAAUGCCAGUGUGGGGCUGGCCUGGUUAGCAGUGGGCAGCAUGUGCCUCUUCACUGCCGGAGGUGCUCAGGCCCUACGGCGCUUUCUGGCUCGCCUCCGCCUUCUGCACGGUCAGUGUCCUAUUCACUUUGUUCUGCAUCCCUGAAACCAAAGGAAAGACUUUGGAGCAAAUCACAGCCCAUUUUGAGGGGCAAUGACAGCCCCUUCCCGGGACCUGCUGCCCCUCCUAGCUGGACUGGUUUGGGCUUUGGAGGCAACAGAACCUGCCUGUGACUUCACGCGGGGCCUCAGCCAGAGUCCAGAUCCCCUGCCCACCCUCAGGGAGCCGGAUCCAGGACUGCAGCCCUCGGAGCCUUGUCUGGAGUCCUCCUUCCUGCCCAGCUCAGGAUGGCCCCUCGAGCCACAGGCAUGAGGUUCCAGCCCUGGGUCCCGUUCCCACUGUUGUUCCGAGACUCGGAGGAGGGGACACCUCAGACGGUCUUUGCUGCCCUGUGGCCAGUCGUCCACAUGCCGUCUCCCUCAUGUCACGAACGUGACAGUGGAGGAGGGCGACUCUUGGCUCCUCGUUUUCUGGAGGAGGUGAUUUUGGAGGCUGGGUUAUGACCCAUGGUUUCUCCUCAUGUGGCUGCAUUAUCAGGAAGGAACUUUGCCAAAUAAAAAGAUUUGACUCAGAAAAUCAGGUCAUGGCCUCUCUGUGAGUUUGAGAAGCCUUUUCCUAUCCCUUCCAUAAACUGGGCCUUGCCAAGAACAUCUGUGGAUUUACUUCCCAAUUCCGUAACGUGCCUUAUUCAUGUCCCAGGCUGUGCUUCCCCAGCGUGUGCCCACCGUGGCACCUCCUAUUAGGCCUUGUAAUCAGGCCGGAGAGUGGGAGUGCACGUGCAGUGUGGUCCAGGGCAGAGCGGUGGGGAGAGCAGAGCCUCGGGCUAGUUUCUGGAAGAACCUACAGCAGCUGCUCUGAUUUCAGUAAAAUGUGCUAAUACACAGGACAGCUUUCAGCUUCAGCAAACUCCAGAUUCCUUGGGGCCUUCCAGAGGCGAGCUCGUGUGCAGGCACACGUUCCGUGAUGGUAAGUGCUUGUCGACACUCUCCUUAGUGCCUGCACAGUGGUCCCCUGGGUUGAGACACGCAUUGUAACAUUGGGUGAACUGUUGUACAAAUGUCAGUUAGGUCACCUUUAAUAGAGGGCUUCAGGCCUUCUACGCCCUUCUCGAUUUUCUCUCCACCUGUUCUGUCCAUUAUUGAGAGAGGUGUUGAAAUCACCUACAAAUGUGGACCCGUUUCUCCUUGCAGUUCUGUCCGGUUUCGCUUCGUGUGCCUUGAAGCUCUGUUAUCAGGUGUGGGCACAUUUUGGAUUGUUACAUUCUCCUGCUUGUUUUGUGCUUGAAAUAUUGUUAUGAAAUGACCUUCUUUAUCCCUGGUAACAGUCUUGUUCUGAGGUCUACUUUGUCUGAUCUCAGUGUAACCAACCACUCCAGCUUUCUUUUGAUCGGUGUUUUGACAGUCAUUUAAAACUCUCUGUUAUUCUCCAUUCCUUUUUCACAGCAUCCUAUACUUUUUGGUGGAAUACCGUUUGGGGAUUCUGUGAGGAUUCAUACUUUCACUUUAAAAAAAUGAGUUUUAUUAAGGCAUAUUUAUAUACCGUAAAAUUCAACAAUUGGAGGCAUACAAUUUGAUGACUUAGGUCGGUCAGUUUAGAGUCUGGCUUUGACUCAGCAGAGCAGGAUUUAGGCUCAUCCAUGUUUCAUGCAUCACUGGUUCAUUUCUUUCUGCUGUUGAGUAGCAUACCAUUGGCUGUUUGGGCCAGUUCUGCCUUUUGACCGUUAUGAAGAAAGCUGUAUUUGCAUGCAAGUUUUGUGUGGAGUGGAACUGCUGAGUCGUAUGGUAAGUUUGUGUUUAUUUUAAGCUGCCCACCUGUUUUCCAAAGUGGUUGUACCAUUUUGCUAUCCCACCGGAAGUGUACGAGAGUUCUUCACCAACACUGUGUUCACUGUUAUAAAUAAUGCUAUUUAUAUAUUUAACUUUUCAAAAGUUGUCUUCUGUUCUCUGUUUCCUCUGGAAUCCCUUGAUCAGGUCGUUUAUCUUGGUCCUUCUCUUUUGUGCUGCUGGGUUAGCUCAAAUAUCUGGGGAGCUUUGGCUGUCCACAAUUAGCAAUGAAGAACUAGGGUUUCAUUGUGGUAGAUGGUGUCUCACACACACACACACACACCAAAAAAAACAAACCUAUUCUCAGUUCUGUCAUAGAUCUAUUUCCUUUUACACAUCUUCACUGUCGUUUCAUGGGAUUUGGAGGAAAAGAGGAACUAAGUGUAUAAGUUCAGUCCUCCAGCUUGAAGUGGAAGCUUUCUCCAUCCUUUUAAUGAUAAUGUGUUUGCUAAUCGGAGUCAUGCUAUGUGGUCAAGAGCAUGUGCUCAAAUUGUUGUGGACCUUAAGAUGAUUUCAUUAUAUAAAU